GAGAUUAUGUAUUCUGAUCAAAUCCAAAUAUCAAAUCUCACUUUGAUCAACUCUCCAUCAUGGUUUGUCCAUCCAGUUUACAGCAGUAACAUAAUUGUAAAUGGACUUACCAUUCUUGCACCACUGAAUGUUCCAAACACAGAUGGAAUCAAUCCAGAUUCAUGUACUAAUGUUAGAAUUGAAGACAACUAUAUCGAAUCUGGUGAUGAUUGUAUUGCGAUUAAAAGUGGAUGGGAUCAGUAUGGAAUUAAAUUCGGAAAGCCAUCAGAACAUAUCAUCAUAAGAAGGAUAAAAUGA